AACAGUUUCAAGUCAGCAGGCAAACUUAAAGGUUUGCCCACCAUAAAGCAGUCCCUUCUUCUGUUAACCCAAAAAGCAGUGCACUUUGACCCCCGGACGCAAUGAGCGGCGGCAACAAAGGCGGGGAAGUGGUGCUCGUAACCGGCGGCAGUGGCUUUCUGGGUCAGCACCUCAUCAAGCAGCUGCUGGAGCGGAAGGAGGAGCUGGGCAUCAAAGAGAUCCGCUCGCUGGACAUCGUUCCCUACAAGAACAACAUCGGACACGAGCAGACGACCCUGUUGCGAACCUUUGUCGCCGACAUCGCCGGCGAUCGGGAGGAACUCAAUCCGAUCUUCAGAGGCGUCGAUGGAGUUUUCCACUGCGCCGCCUCGGUGAAAAUCGAGUAUCCGCCCAACUACGAUGAACUGGAGCGCGUGAAUGUGAACGGCACCUUGGCUGUGGUGGAUCUGUGUAUUCAGAACAAUGUAAAGCGUUUGGUUUACACCAGCUGCACAUCAGUUUGCUUUGUGCCCUUUAAGGGACGCAGUACAUUCUCGGCGGUUAUCAACUCCACGGAAUCCAAGACAGACACUCCCACACUAGACAGUUCUACAUUGUGGGAACAGGACAGUCAGUUUCUGAUACCAGGAUACGCCUCCAGCAAGCUGAGGGCAGAAAACAUAGUGCUCAACUCGAAUGGAGCACCUCUACAGAACCAGCAAGAAUACCUGGCGACGAGCGCCAUUCGAGCUCCUUUGACUUACGGCGAGUGCGAUUCGCUGUUCAUCACGGAACUCUUCGACUAUCUUUCCACCAGGGGAUGGGUUUUCCCGAGGAUCGCCGGCGUGGGCGGCAAACAGCAGUUGGUCUACGCCGGAAACGUGGCCUGGGGACACAUCUGCGCCUAUAAGGCCCUCAAGGUAUCCGAUAAGGCGGUGAACGGACUUCCCGUCUUCGUCACCGACGACACGGGCAUCAACGAUGUCUCCCGAUUCGUCCAGAAGAUGGCCAUUAUGGGCGAGCGGUUCAAGGUGAAGACCAGCUGGUGGUACGUGCCCCACUUCCUCUUCUUCUUCCUGGCCUUCCUGCUCGAGGUGGUGGUUAAAGUGGCGUAUCCCUACACCAAGUUCCGCCUUCGAUACUCCCUGCGCGCCAUCGCCUCCUACACGUCCUCAAUGCUGAUGUACAACCGGCUGAGGGCCUCCAUCCACAUGGACUACAUGCCCCUCUUCGAUCCGGACUCGAGUGCCGAGCGGAGUGCCAAGUGGUAUGCCAAGUGGUGGGACGAACGGCAGCAGGCCAAGAAGCUCAAGAAGUCCAGCUGAGUGGCGCUAAUCCCGCAUUUCGCUGGUGAACGCCUCGAUUUCCGAGUGGAUUUGUGUUCACUGCCCCGCUCGCUAAAUGUCCUGUAAAUAUCCUGUUAAAUAAAAUGGUUGUUGUUCGUUGUA